AUGAAGUAUGAAGCUAGUAAAGUUUUAUAUUUACUUUUGGAUUCGAUUUUCUUCUUUGUAACAUUUGUCGGAAUUGCAAAAAAUGUGUGUAGUAAAAAGACUUACCUUGAUGCUGUACAUCAAUUAGAAAUUUAUCUGAAACAACUUCACGUAUCGGAAUGGAAUGUGAAAAGAGCGUAG